UAUUUUUGCUUCAGGUAGUAAGAAGUUAUCUUUCUGUAGUCAGUAAUAGGAAACUGUGAAGGUGGUCUGUUGACAGUGUGUUCAAUUGUUAAAAGUUUCAUCAGUUCUGAUAUGUUCAAGCUUUCCUAGACGAAUUAUAUCUGUGUUACAUUGCUAAAGAACACAGAGCUUCGUAGUCCUUCAAAUAGAGACUAAUAUUUUAAAUUAUUUUUCAUCAAACUUACCAAAUUGGCUAUUUGUUACUACAGAGAUGAAACCAAAACCUUUUCCAUUUGUAUACUCCCUUUAUCACCCCAUUCAGGUAACUUCACAAGAUGUCAAUCUAAAUUUAUAAAGAAAAUGUUAACUAAUAACUUCCAGUAAUUUUUCAAUAUUAUUCAUGGUGUGACUUAAAUUUUCAUUUAUUAAUAUUUCAGGUGUCUGCUUUAGGGGUCAGGGAUAGAGGGAAGAACUCUAGCCAUCAAGUCUGCUUUUAAAACUCAUAGAGUGAUGCAGGGGGAAGGUUAAACAAACACUUAGCUAUAUGGCACAUGAUUAUAAUUUUUUCUUAUAAUAAUUUUGGUAACUAAUGAUUAUUGAGACACGCUUUGUUACAAACAUUGUUCUAAGCACCUUACCUAUAUUACUCAUUCAAUAUUCAGCCCACCUUUAGGUAUCUUUAUCAUCCCAUUUUUAGAGAUGAGAAAACUGAACCCAGAAGUGCUAUGUAAGUUGCCUGGGACCACACAGUUAAAUAAGUGGCAGAGAUGAGACAUGAACAUAAGCUCUGUGACUAUGCUUUUAAAGUCUGUGCUAUAUUGAUUCUCUGUUGGAGUUCCCUAUACUUGAUAAAAGAUAUACAGCAAAAAGGGGUGAUGGGCUCAGGGGUUUCCUCUUUAAGAAAGAAACUUUUAAAUGCUGGCUGAAAGAAUGAGUAGGAGUUCCCCAUAGAAACAGUGGGAUGAUUUCACGGACCUCAGAGGAGAAUGAUUUUGACCUGUUUAAAAAACAAAACAAAACAAAAAAAAAACACAGAGAGCUCGUAGGGAUUUGUGAGAUGAGAAUAAGAGCAUGCAGGUUCAUCUUAACAAACUUAAGGCAUUUGAAUAGUUGUUAAAUGUAGUGGAAAGUCAUUGACCAGUUUUAAGCCCAUGGAUGAUGUGAUCUUAUUAAAUCUUGUAACAAGGCAUAAGACUGAAUGUAAGAAUAGAAGAUUAUUACCAGAAUCUAGACAGAUGAUAGUUGUUUCGAUUACAGUAGUGGCAGUGGGAAAUUCAAAAGAUGAGAGGAUCGUUAAUAUAUAUUUCUGCAUUCAAAUUUACCAGUUUUGGUGAUAAGUUAGUUACUAGAAAUGAGGUACAUGAAAGUGCCAAGGGGAAAUGCCAGAUUUCUUACAAAGCAACCUUGGAGAUCAAAGAUGCUCUGCACUAAGUUAUGGAAGAAGAGGAACGCUCUUUUCCUUAUUCUGACAAUAACCAAAUAGUUAGAUUUUAUGGGUGCAUUCUCUCAUUAAGUAAAAGAAUUGUUCAUUAUAUUAAACUUACUAGUUUUACAGAGAAUAAGAGUCACGUUAUUUUAGAACCAUAUCUAUUGAAGACUCUCAAGUUCACUUGUGAAAAUAUUCAGACCCUGAGUUUAAGAGUGAACUCCUGAAGGUCACGUAGAUAAAAUAUAUAAUACUGAACUCUUCAACAUAAAAGAAUCUGCAACAAAUACCAGAUUUCUUGAAUGCAAUAUUUUCUUUUCAUUGGUUUUUUAAAAUUAUUGGUAUAAAUUCUCCCUUUGUUUAGUUCUGUAUUUCAUUAAACUAUUAAGGUAGUUUGUGUUGACAAGUUUUUUCUUCUUCUUCUCUUUUUGGAUUUAGGCAUUGAAGGACCAUGGACCAAAACAACGAUACUUCUCUACAUGGUUUUAUUCUGCUCGGCUUCUCUGAUCAUCCCAAACUGGAGAUGGUCCUGUCAGGAGUUGUCACCAUCUUCUACUUAAUUACAUUGGUAGGUAACACAGCCAUCAUUGUUGCAUCUCUCCUGGAUUCCCAUCUGCGCACACCAAUGUAUUUUUUCCUCAGGAAUUUGUCUUUCCUAGAUCUGUGUUUUACCACCAGCGUCAUACCUCAGAUGCUGGUUAACUUGUGGGGCCCUGAUAAGACCAUCAGCUUUGUGGGUUGUGUCAUUCACCUCUAUGUUAAUAUGUGUUUGGGCUCCGCUGAGUGCCUUCUCCUGGCUGUCAUGUCCUAUGAUCGUUUUAUAGCUAUUUGUAAACCCUUGCAUUAUUUGGUAAUCAUGAAGCCACAUCUUUGUCUCAAGAUGAUCAUCAUGGUUUGGGGUAUUAGUUUGGCCUGUUCUGCAAUAUCAUGUACACUCACACUGAAUUUGCCUAGGUGUAGAAACAACCUUCUGGAUCAUUUCUUGUGUGAGUUGCCAGCUAUGGUCAAAAUAGCAUGUACAGACACCACAACUGUUGAAAUGUCUGUUUUUGCUUCAGGAAUUGUCAUUGUCCUUUCACCCCUCCUCCUUAUUCUUAUAUCCUAUGGUUACAUUGCCCAAACUGUGCUGAGAAUGAAGUCAAAAGCAGGCCAAAGAAAAGCAAUUAAUACCUGUGGAUCUCACCUCACUGUGGUAUCCAUCUUCUAUGUAACUGUCAUCUACAUGUACCUACAGCCAGGUAGCAGUGCCUCCAAAGACCAGGGCAAGUUCCUCACCCUGUUUUACGCCAUCGUCACUCCAAGUCUGAACCCCCUCAUCUACACCUUGAGGAAUAAGGAUAUGAAAGAUGCACUGAAGAAGUUGGUGAGAGUUGCCUAUCAAUCUACAAAUAUGAAGAGGAAAUGGAAAUCAUAGAAAAAUAUUAGAGUAAAUAAGGCAGUGAAAUACAUUUUCUAAGUAUCUUUAGUUUUUGCUGAGGCAAGUAAUCCCUAGAUCAUAGAGAUUAUUAAUAUAUUAAAUCCCGUGUGGAGAACUUUUGUGGUUAAAAACAAUAUUAUAAUUUUUCUACUUUGCUCUGUAAUUACUGGCAUAUCUUCAGAGAGAACAGGUCACUAGGAAUUUUUAUUUUUGCAUGAAAUAUAAUACAAAGAAGAUGUAAAUAUAAAAUUGAAUACACUGAAUGAAUUCUCCAGCCCUAUGGGAACUGCUUUGGUCAUCUAGUUUUGUAUUUUCAUUGUUCAUGCUUGGAUCUUCAAUAAUUCAGACAUUAAUGAGUGGGUUUAUGCACAUUAUGAUUUGUAUAUUACAUAGUGAUAUACAAAGAAUGAUUUUGUGUAUUCAAUAUUUUGUAAAACUAUCCAGACAUUUUUUGUGUAUUUGGUGUAACACAAUGCAGUUUAGAAGACAGUGAUUGUUAUAAGCACCACGUGAAACAAUUUACUCUUUGUUCAGUGGAACUUGAUAUCAGAAUUUUGAGUCAAAGGUCUUUGUUAUUUAAGUGGAUUGCUUCUUUAACAAGAUAUACUGGAGAGAUGAUACAAAUUAAAAGGAUUUAAGGGUGUUGAUACAAUCUUAUUCAUUAAUUCUUCAUUCAUGAAACAUAUCUCAUGACAAUCUGAAUUUGUGUAGUAGUAGUUUUUGUGUGUAGAUAUGAAAAUUUUUUUUCAGUUAUGAUGUUUAUCUUUUUAUGGGAAAAUGUGAUGACUUAUGAAUUAAACUUUAAUAUUUUUUAUGAUCUGAUACCUUUCUUUAAAAGAUCACAU